UUAAUUUUACUCAAUUUACCGGUGUAAAAGUUAAUUUAAAUAGUUAUUUUCUGAACAAUUACAAAGAAAUGUCAACCAACAAUUUUACACAAUUGAAUGUCUAUCACACAAACCAAAUGGAUUAUGUACCUCCAGCUCAAGAGAUUGUUGUGCACGCUGCAAAUGCUCAAAAUUAUGAGUAUCCCCUUUCAGAGGGCCAGUCAUCGUCCGGUGUUUCUUGUUCUACACCCAGUGUAGAGUUAAUGCAAAUAAAUGGCCGUAAAGUUUUGGGACCUCCCGAAGACUGGGUAGGUCCACCACCCUCCAGUGUUUGUGAAUUAUUUGUGCGUCGCAUACCCAAAGACCUGAACGAAAACAAACUUCUAGCACCAUUUUUACGUUUUGGUCAAAUCUAUGAAUUUCGUUUACCUUUGGAUUUUAAUCAGGCGAAUCGUGGUUAUGCCUAUGUAAAGUAUACCAACGAAGAAGAUGCCUCCAGUGCCAUGGAAGUUCUCAAUCACUAUUAUGUGUUUCCGGGACGAAAAUUGGAAAUUUUACAUUCAUAUGAAAAGUGUCGUCUAUUCGUUAGCAAUAUACCCAAACAUUUGGAAGAAUCGGAAAUUGAGGAAGGUCUGCGUACAAUUUUCCCAACCAUGCAGCGCAUUUACAUUCGUCCUUCAUCGUCCAACAAUAAUAACGAUUACAAUCAUAAUGGUGGCGAAGAGGGGGUAAUUCAUCAACAACAGAAUGGUCAAUUAUCGGGUUCAUCAUCAUCUGGCAUUGGUUUUGGUAAUCGUGGUCAUGUUUUUGUACACUUUGCUACCCAUAUGCAUGCGUUGGAGGCCAAGAAAUGUAUUACACCGGGUUUGGUUCGCAUGUGGGGACGUGACUUGAAAGUGGUGUGGGCGAAUACGGAAAAAGAUAGUGACAUGUCUAAAUCGUCCAAAACUCUAUUCGUACGCAAUGUCGAUCUGACGGUCAAUAAUAGUGACAUCAUUGAUUUACUGGUUAAACAUGUGCCACGCACGGCAAUACGUAAAAUAUCUAAAGUACGCACUACAGCCUUUUUUGAUUUCACCUGCCGUGAAGCGGCCGAGUACUGUCUUAAGGAAUUGCAAGGUAUCGUACUUAGAGGUAAACGUUUGGAUUUGGAAUGGGCUAAGCCCUCAGAACAACAAUCGCUGCACCGCAUGCGUAACAAGGAUUUUGAUGCGGUAUUGCGAUUGAAAUGCAUUGCCAAUGGCUGGCAUAUUCCAGUUAUUAUAUUUGGUUGUUACUACGAAAAUGAACGUAUACAAUACGGCAUGGUGAUGUUACGUGAUGCUUUGGGAAAUGUUCGUGCUACUUUUUGCAUUUUGAACUCCAGCGAAUUGGUGGACAUACAUUCGCGCAUGUGUGAGGUGGUGUGUGUUUUAAUUGAAUCUGUGGGUGGUUUUCCCAGUUAUAAUUAUGUGUUUCAGGUGGAAAAGGAUGUGGCACAUUUGCUCGGCAUGAUUUCCUUGCAUCUACACAAUGUGGAGUUUGUGGCUGCUUGUGGUGUACCCCCUGAGUUGAGUUUUGAUUUAAACGAAAUUUUGGAACUUAGUUGGGCUGUAAUUGCUUUGGCCCCCAUCUCAGAGGAGACUCUUUUAACGGCCUAUAAGGAAAGUUUUCUUAUACAUAACGACUGCACCUAUUUGCAAAAUUGGCCUUUAAUACCGCAUCGUGUUUUUGGAACCAUCAUGCCAAAAUAUCGCAAUAAACCACCCUUAAAGUACAAUCUCAACGACACACAAAUUGUAAUGGCAUUUUGCUUUAAGGUCUCCGGCACAAAUCUAUCUUUAGCCACACGCCCCUUUAUGGCAUUUCCAGCCUGUGCUUUUAAACAAGUUUACGAAGGUUUACGUUAUGUUGCCCUGCAGCUAUUGCCAGUGGCCUUGACACAGUCCCGUUCUGUGGUUACCCACAACUUAAGUCAUAUACAAUUCGGUGGUUGUAAGUAUUAUCAUCCGGCUCAGCGUAUUUUGUCACCCCCAUUGUGGUUGACAGGUUGUACUUAUAAUGAAUCCAUAAAGCAGCCUGAGGUUUGCUCAAGCACCCUCAACUCUGCAACGUCUAUAACAUCACAAGCCCCAGACCAACAGGCAAACGAUAACGUUAAUUAUCUUACAACUUUGCAAACUUUGCCCUCAAAUAAUAUUGCUGGCAUAAUGCAAUAUCAUCAUGCUCCGCAGCAGCUACAACAGCAAUCAUACUUUGCUGUAACGACUCAACAACAACAACAGCAACCACAAACCCAGCCUGCAUAUUUUACAAACAUGUCCGCAUCUGUAGCCCCUUCUUUUACUAUGCCUCCAGCUCAAUUUGUAUCUAUUCCUCAAAAUAAUUUUAGUUUGACUUCUUAA